UGACCUUGUGAACAAACUGGCAAUGGCAGAGGAGGUUUUGAGGCAAAUUGAAAGACAAUGUUAUGCCAUUGAAAGGGCGUACCACAAUGGCAUUUGUGGUCAACGACAUCUACAUGCCAUAGAGGCAUGUCUCAGAAAUCUAUCAAGAGUUGCCAGUCUGUUAAGAACAGAGACAGCUAAUGAACUUAAAGACUCGCUCAUCGACCUAAGGAGGAAUUUGCUGGCGCAAAAUGUAGAGCAAGACCAGACCUACUCUGCUGGGCGUGUAUAUUCAGGUAUAUGUGGAAGACCUUCCAUUAAUGUUUCAAAGCAGCAAAUAGAGUUUCUAAUGAAACAAGGACACACCGUUAAGCAGAUGGCCAAGAUUCUGGGUUGCUCAUCUUCAUUUAUUUAUAGGAAAACUAAACUGCUCGGAAUUCCUAUACGAAAAUUGCAAACACAAGUGACUGAGGAAGAACUCACACAGCAUGUCAGAAGACUUCACAGUCUCUAUCCCAACACAGGAAGUGAGAUCAUGAGGGGACUGCUACGUGCAGAAGGGCUGUUUGUCCAGCGACGUAGGGUCCGAGAAACCCUCACCCAAAUCGAUCCAACUGCAGCUGCACGCAGAUGGAGUAGUGCCAUCGCCAGAAGAGUCUACCAUGUUCCUCAUCCAAACAGUUUAUGGCACAUAGACGGAAAUAUGCGUUUGAUUAGGUGGGGCUUUGUUGUACAUGGAGCCAUCGAUGGGAAAUCUCGCCUUAUAACCUACCUGAGCUGCAACACAAAUAACCGUGCCUCCGCUGUGCUGACCCAGUUUGUGAAGGCAACAUGUCUUUAUGGGCUUCCUUCGCGAGUGCGAUCUGACCAUGGGGGGGAAAAUUCACAAAUUGCCCUCUUCAUGAAUCUCGUUCAAGGGGUGGAACGGAGGAGUCACAUAACAGGAGAAUCUGUUCACAAUCAGCGCAUAGAGCGCCUUUGGAGAGAUGUUUUCCUCCAUGUGCUUCAGUACUUCUACAAUUUGUUCCAUAGUCUAGAGGAUUCUGAGGUCCUUGAUCCAGAUGAUGACGUCCACAAGAUGUCCCUGCAAAUUGUUUUCCUGCCAGAGAUACAAAAGAGAUUGGAUCUGUUUAGGAAUGGAUGGAAUCACCACAAAAUGAGAACAGAAAACAACAAAACACCUGUCCAAAUCUGGACUGCAGGAAUGCUUUCCAACAUGGAGGCAAACUGCAGAGCCAUCAGCAAUGUUUUUGGUGAAGAUCCGUACAGCACACACACUCUAGAAGAGCUUUUGGCACAACAUGGCAUAGACAACUUCCCUGUGACUGAUGACGAAGAAGAUCAUUUUCCAGCUGUAGUUGUUGAACAACCCAGAAUCAAUCUGAGCCAUCAGCAGCAGCAAAACAUUUUGCAGACAAUUGAGACCAUCUCAGAUGCUACCGAUAAGUAUCAGACGUGUUGCAGAGAAAUUGCAAACAUAUUACAAGAUGGCUGAGACACAUAAUUUUGAUACAGUGUGUUUGUUCUUGCAACACGCCCUCAGCGUUAGUGUUAAGCCCAGACUUUUCAUUAAUGUCAUACUUAGAACUUUUUGUAGGAUAUAAGCUGACAGGCAAACAUGCAUUAAUUUGUAGUUUAAACAUCACCUUCCACAUUGCUUCAGAAAAAUUUUGAUGUAUUCUGGCUUGCUAAUCAUCUCAAAGGAAUUAUGUAAGAUUUUCCUAAUAAAAUAUCCAAAACAUGCACAGUGCGAAAUAUUUCAUUCAGUUGUAU